GUACAAAAAUCAAUCGAGGCAAAUCAAAUUCUGCUACUGCUGCCAAAAUUUUCAAUUUGAAAAAUUCUAAAUAAAAAUUCUUUGCAAAAUUCGUUCAUCUUUAUUAAAUUAAAUAUCUUGUUCAUCAUGCUAAAAUCGUGCAACAUAAAGUCGAGUUUUUAAUUGAAACAUUUGAGAAAAGUGAAGAGAUCAGAAAAACAAUUUACAUUUAAAAGUGUAUGAAAAACCGUCAAGUCGCUUUUGUGUUCAUUUUUUCACACCGCCCCGCUACCAUCGCAAAAAAAAGACAUCAGCUUAAUAUUGCUACAUUUACCAGCGACGUCGCAGCCACCGUCAGGGUUUUCCGUGCAGCAUAAACAAUACAAUUGAAGUAUUUAAAUUUAUUUAAUAACACAGCAAAAUUGAACGGGCCAUUGAUUUUUCUCAGUUGUUUGAGCAAACUGCUGGAAUUUUCAGCAUUUGGAAGUAGUAGUGCGACAAAGAGCUGCUAAAAUGAGCGAAGAGGAGAACGAUAAAGUCACUUUGGAUCUCUCGCGGAAGCAAUUGAAGAAAGUGCCAAAACAGGAUGACGCCCAAAAUGUGCGUGUACUCAAACUGGACGAAAAUGAGCUGCAGAAGAUUGACAACAUCGACUCCUAUUUGAAAAUUGAAGUUCUUUCACUUAGUAAAAACCAGCUACUACGCAUGUAUGGCGUCUGUCGUUUACACUGUCUGCGCGAACUAAAUCUAUCGUUCAAUGGCAUACUCUCCAUUGAGGGCCUGAAAGAUUGCAUACAUCUGAGGCAUUUGAAUUUGGAGGGCAACAACAUAAAAACCAUUGAGCAUUUAAAUAAUAAUAUUAAAUUAGAAUAUUUAAAUUUGGCUGAGAAUAGUAUGGGCAGUAUAUCGGAUAUAUCGUUUUUGAAGAAUUUAAAGGAAUUAUAUUUGCAAGGCAACCGCUUAACGCAUCUCCGACAAUGUGAUAAAUAUUUACCCGUAUCCUUGGAAAUUUUAACCUUAGCAAAAAAUUCUAUUAGCGAUUUAAAUGAGAUCUGCACGCUGUCGAAUUUGUCUAAUUUGCAUAGUCUAACCUUGAGUGAGAACCCAUGUAUUAUGAUGACUGGCAACGCCGAUGGCUUCGAUCAUCGCCCUUUCGUGUUGAAUUGGUGUAUGAGCUUAAAAGUGAUUGAUGGCUUUGUAGUAGAUCCCAUUGAGAGCCUCAAAGCAGAAUGGCUGUACAGUCAGGGGCGUGGGCGACAAUUUCGCAUUGGUGAACAAGCUACCUUGGCCAAAUAUUUAAGUUCUGUUUGUCCACUUAUUGGCAAAGCAUUGGAGAAUGAGAAUGAACGCAAAUUACGUUUGAUACUUAGCAAAGCACAGCAGCACCAACGACAAUUGCAAGAGGAAAUAUCAGAGAAUUCAAAUGCGUCAAGCAAUAAUUCACCUUCUUCGUGCAGACGUAAGACCAGCAGUCGCAUACAAUCACCGAGAUUUUCACGUUUAAGUGGGCGUCAAGGCUCACCUGACUCAAUGGUGAAUAGCUAUCAUGGCAACACUUCAAGUGAAACGAUUACGAACAAUAUAAAUCACACAACACCGAUGACCACUUCGUUGAUAGAGAAUAUCAAACAUGAUUCGAUGCUAAUGUCACAAAGCACAUGUGAUAGCUCAACAACCGGCGGUGGCAGUAAUAUGAAUACACGCACGAAUAAUUCGCAGGAAUCUACGCCUCGCACGAUAACGCCAAAUCCAUAUAAUGAUCAAAAUUAUACCAAUAUGCCGGUUAACGUUGGUGGUCCCUUGGCUGCGGCCUCCAAAAUGGUGCCCGUACCAGAGGCGCUUAUGAGCCCAGAUGUUUGUCCCGCCGCUGUGGCGCAACGCGUCACCGUCAACGCAAUCAAUACGCAAAUGCAAAAUUCGAAAACACACAAAAACAAAGAUAACAAACUCAAUUCACCGAAGAUGCGCAGUCCGCACUUGAAACGCAAUACGGAACGCUAUAGUCCGAAUAUGAGUCCACGACGUGGUAGUAGUACUUCGAAUAUGACACUGCAACAUAACAAUGUGUCGAAUUUGAAUCGCACCGUGGCCGCACAUGCGCAGGCACAGGUGGAUAAUCAAAUGAAGUCGCGCCUAACGGGCAAUACGAUGCACGUGGUGGCGCCGGAUGCCGGUUCGGGUGGCAUCAGUUCGGAUGACGAUAGCGAUCACAUAAAUAUUGACAAGCUGAAAACGAUACGCAACAAGGCGGCACAGCGCACACAACAACAACAACAGAAAGAGGCUAGUUUGCAACAUGCAGAGAAUCAUGCUACCGAGUCUUCGGCGGUUGUUAUACAAAAGAUAUGGCGCGGCUAUCGUACACGCAAGAAAACCAAGGAUAUUGCAGAGAAGCUGCUUAAGAUACGCACACACGAGUAUAUUGACAAACUUACCAAAGAUAUGGAGCUCACCAAAGCGCAACUGGAGAACGAACGUAAAAUACAGCAACUACAAAUGCAGGCUAUAAAUGCGCUGUGGAAGAAGGUCUCCACAAUGCAGGGUGGCGCAACAGUUAGUAGCGCCACAACUAGUAUGACUGACAGCGCCACAACUGCUACUGUGGACGGCGGUAGCAAUAUCAGCGUUUCGACGGAUAGUGGGCGUACCUUAGCGCUGGAUAACAGCUCCACCGCCGCGGUGCACGACUUGGCCAAGACGUGUACAAUGCUCACUAAUCAGGUGCAACAACUGCAAGGCUCCAUGCGUGACAUACUCAACUGCCUAACGUUAUUCUGCAACUUGCCACAGGAGAAUGUCAAGAAAUUACUUUCAGCCGGCGUAGCCGACGCACUGGCCACCAAUGAGAAACGCGAUUGCGCUGCUACGCAAACUGAAAUCAUCGCUGUGCACACACCACAAAUUGAGAAUCAAAGUAAUUUUCCAUUCUCGAAAAUACGCCCAUCAACAUUGCCGCUGGAGAAGCAGAAAUGUGGCGCUGGCGCUGGUGGUGUGGGAAAUGCCAGUCAGCAGCAGACUGUCUCAACGAGCGUUGGUUGCGACAUGCAAACGCAACCAUACCAACACUUGCAGCGUGAACAAAUCACCGAAGUUGCUGAGCCGGCGGAUCAGUUCAAUGAAAGCGGCAUACACAGUGAGGAUGUGCGCAGCGUGGAUGAGCAGGGCGAUAUGUGCGGUGAGAAAUCCGAUGAUGGCAAGGAAUAAGCUGCAAUUUCUUAAUUUUCGGAUGUAAAAUUUAGUUGCGUGAAGUGAA